UCGGCUGUCAAAAUGCUGCGAAUAUCAGCUGUAAACACAUCAGUCUCUAUUUUUUUCCAAUUAUUCAAACACUAUCCUCGAAAUUCAGUAAAGUGUCGAAAAAAUAUGACAUCGCAGCAGAUGGCUCCGAUUAAAGUUGCUCUAAUUGAUCUGAGUGGAACAUUACACAUAGAGGAUCAACCGACGGAAGGGGCUGUGGAUGCGCUUAAAAAACUUCGAAACCUAGGAGUAAUGGUUAAAUUUGUCACCAACACGACGAAGGAGAGUGUGUCCUCGCUACACGCUAGGCUAAUAAAAAUUGGAUUUCAACUGGAACAAUCUGAGAUCUUCAGCUCACUCACUGCGGCAUCUAAUUACGUCCAAAGCAAGGAACUGCAUCCGUACUACAUAGUAACUGACGAUGCUCGGAAAGAUUUUCCACCGAACGAUACAUCAGAGCAGCACAACGCUGUGGUUAUUGGUUUAGCCCCGGAGAAAUUUUCUUAUGAAUACAUCAAUGAGGCCUUCAGGAUAUUACACCAAAGCAAAGGAACAGCAUCGCUGAUAGCCAUUCACGAGGGCAAGUUCUAUAAAACCACGGAAGGGAUUUCGGUUGGCCCUGGGUGUUUUGUGAAGGGGUUAGAGUACAGUAGCGGCAUUAAAAGUAUAUGUAUUGGGAAACCCAACGAGUAUUUCUUCAGAUCGGCUUUACCACCAAAUAUAAAGGCUGAGGAUUGCAUCAUGAUUGGUGAUGAUCCAAAUGAUGACUGCCUAGGAGCAAUGGCAAUUGGUAUGCGAGGUUUCCUCGUCGAAACUGGUAAAUAUCAACCGGAACUUUACGAAAAAGACAAUCUCCCCAAGGUAAGCGGUAUAUUCAAGAACUUUAGUGCCGUAGUUGAUCACAUAGCCCAUGCACGCAACUAACCGCAAUGGAAGUUCUUCCAAUUUCUAUUAGAUUCAUAAAAUAUUGUAUAUGCUUCAAUUAUGUAUUUACAAAUGUAAAAUCCGAUGAUCAGAUAUAAUGUGCCGAAAUGGAACAAAUAAAAAAAGAAACAAUCUUGUGACUAACUUUAAGC